UUCCAUAUGCCAUUGUGGCUACAACAACAACAACCAAUAUCAGGAAUGCCAAUAACAAGGUUAGCUAAUAGCCCCGAAUAACAUGCAAGCUCUGGUAACUAUGAGCACCACACGGGUUGGAAUUCUGAACUUCGAUUUGUAUGGUAUUUAACGUCAUCAAGCUCAGCUAGAAGCUACUGGACGCCUCCACAGGUUGCGGAUAAUGGAAUGUUCUUUAUACAGAGUAGCUACAACUACAGUCGCUAACAAUCAGCGUUAUUGAGUAGUGGGACACCACGCAGCAACGGCUUUUGCUUAAAUACUGUGUGCCCCUAUGAUACUCAAUAUGACAAGGCGAGUUAUCGGCGCCUUUGAAUAACCAAUGACCAUAACGUUACCGCGGCGAUUGAUCCUAUGUACCGAAAGGAUCUUGCUCACUUACAUCAGCUUCAAGAUUAUCGGUCUGAGACGAGUGAGUCUGCCUGGGCAGUUAAACAGUUGACAUGUAACGUGUGGUUCCAAGUCACAAUCGUUACACACAUUCUUUGAAGCGGCUGCCUCUGCCGGAUCGUAAUUGAUCCACAACUACUCUGGUUUUGACGGCGGAGGUUAAUUUCUUCCGGUGCAGUUAUGUCUUCGCAGGAAUAGGAUCUUUGUCUCCGGAUGGAAGUGGUCCACGUGAGAACUAAGGUGACAGCCCGUCGCAGUUCGAAAAGCGGCAUUCUGACAGAUCUGAAUAUUAUGCCACCGCGUGUCACAUAGCUGACAAGAACACACUUGCGCUGCAUAAGUUACCACAAACCUGACAAUUGCUUUGUACGUGGUCAAUAAGGUGCCUUUGUACGCACCCCAAGUGCUGCCGGCAAAUGACUUAAGGACCUCUCUCAUUGAUAGUUUGUUCUCUUUUGUUCCUACAGUCAAGAGAAGAAUACGUCAUUGUAAUGACAAGUGGAGUGAAUCUAGGGAGAUUGUUUUUACUAGGUCUCCUAAGGGAUUUAUCUUAUUCUGCAUUUCUACCUUGUAGAUCAGAUGAGAAUUGGAAGAAAUAUUGCAAGUGUAGGAACAAGGCGAAGUCCGUUAUUCGUCGGAUAGGAAGCAACCAUUUUUCUAAACUUUUUUGGGGUCUUGAUGCGACUGGUGAUGGAACGCACGAUGAUAGGUCUCACUUUUCAGGUGAUGGAGAGACUGACUCUUCCUUUUCGUUUUGCUGUGUGAAUGAGGUAGAAAUCAUGGAAACUAUAAUUAGGAUGAAGUCUGGGUCAGGUGGUGUGGAUGGUAUUCCAAUGCGUUUUAUCAAGACCGUCUUUCUGGUGUCUUCUUCUUUUACCUUGGCUUGGAAGAUUGUUAGGGUUAUACCCAUUCCUAAAGCGAAGCAUGUUGGAAGGGUUGAUGAUUUACGACUUAUUUCCAUACUUCCUGUUCCAAUUUCUAAGAUUGCUGAACACAUAAUGAAGAAUCAAUUAUUACAGUCAUCGCAGCUUCGAAUACACGAUAUGCAAUAUGCCAAGGCCUCAACACCUCUCAUUUAUUAAUUAAGCUAUCAGAUUCCAUCCGAAUGAACGCCAAUAAGGGAAAGCAGAGUGCAUUGGUUUUUCUUGAGUUAUUCAAUUCCAUUAAUUUUGUUCGAUUACUUACUAA